UCGAUUCAACUGUCAUUUUCCAGCGGUCAAAAAUUUGUUUUGCAUGCCUUUUUUCUCAUAAAAAAUUCUCGGAAAAAAAGUGCACAAAAUGAGUGGAAAAUCAUCCCCACGGGAUGUUGAUUUGGAGGCAAAGCUCAAGGAAUACUUCCAUCACACCACGUUCCGUUCAAAACUACAGAGAGAUGCAAUAAGGACUAUUUUGAAAGGCAAAAAUGACGUGUUUGUGUCUAUGCCAACGGGCUCAGGGAAGUCUCUGUGCUUCCAGCUACCUGGUGUGUUGCAGGAAAACAAGGUAACAUUGGUAUUUUCACCGCUUUUGGCUCUGAUAAAAGAUCAAUUGGACCACCUGACAAAGCUCAGAAUCCGGGCAGAGUCGAUAAACUCAAAGAUGACCACGAAGGAACGUGGUGAGGUUUUUGCAGAUCUCAAGUCUGUUAGACCUAGCAUUAGAUUUCUCUACAUUACGCCUGAAUUUGCAGCAACAUGGAUAUUUACUGAGCUUAUUGAGCACAUGAUCAAGUAUAACAAAGUGGCGUAUUUUGUUGUAGAUGAGGCUCACUGUAUCUCCCAGUGGGGACAUGAUUUCCGGAAAGAUUACCUCAAACUCGGUGAUUUGCGUAGUAAAUUCCCAAAUAUUCCCUGGGUAGCCCUAACGGCCACAGCUUCACGGGAAGUUGUGAAGGACAUUGUGGCCAAUUUGCAUUUUAAAGAGCCCAUCUCGAAAUUCACAACACCCUGCUUCCGGGAGAAUCUCUUUUAUGAUGUGAUAUACAAGAACUCCAUCAACAAUGACUUUCAGCACCUCAAGGAAUUCAUAAUGCAGUGCAGAGAACCUGGGGUUGGGGGUGUUCCAUGUGGCAUUAUUUACUGCCGGACACGGGAUCAGGUGGAACGAGUGGCCAAGAAUCUUACAAAUUGCGGUCUGGUUACAUUUCCCUAUCAUGCAGGCUUGAAGCCUGCCGAACGGAUAACUGCGCAGGAAGAGUGGAUGUCGGGAAAGUAUCCGGUUAUUUGUGCUACAAUUUCCUUUGGGAUGGGCGUAGAUAAGUCUGCUGUGCGAUUUGUCGUCCACUGGGACAUUCCGCAGAGCAUUGCAGGGUACUAUCAGGAAUCUGGGAGGGCUGGAAGGGAUGGAAAAAAAUCUUAUUGUCGUCUGUACUACUGCAGAAGUGAGACAAAUUCCGUGGAGUUUCUGCUCAAACAAGACAUCGCCAAGUCACGCACGGACGAGAGUGCUGAUAAGGCGAAGCAGAAUCUCAAGAAUUUUGAGAAGAUGGUGAAGUACUGUGAAACUGUUGAGUGCAGGCAUAAAUUUUUUGCUGACUAUUUCGGAGAUGAAACUCCAGUCUGCAUCAAUAGAUGCGAUGUAUGCAAAAAUCCCAAACAGAGUGCUUCAGCUCUUGAGAAAUUCCAUUCUCUCUCAUCUACGGGCCGAAUUGGGGGCAAAUUGUCUUACGACUAUGAUGAUUACUGUGAGGAUUUGUAUGAGGGUGGAAAGAGAGCACAAAAACAGGCAGAAUCUGAGUAUUCUGACAGUGAUUCGUCAUCAUCGAGGGAACAAAGGGCCAAGAAGGAGAGAAUGUCACUGAUUCAGAAGGAAUUUGCCGCAAGGAAGCAAGCUGCUGAACAGCGUCUAGAGCGAGAAUUUGCAUCAGCAAGAAUUUCUCGGGUAAAACAUGCCCUAAAUACCGAGACAAAAAUUAUUGGAUUGACAAUAUCUCUGAGAGAGAGUUAUUUGAGUAUGAUAGCAGAUCUUCUGAAGAAGAAUUAUGAUGCAGGAGAGAAAGAUGACACAAUUCCCGAUACCCUGAUCUAUCGAGAUUUUGAGGAUAUUGGCGUGGAGCUUGAGUAUAAGAUAUUUACAGUUAACAAAGUCAUUUCCCUCUACAGAAGAUCAGCAGCAAAGUUGAUGGCUGAGAUAAAGGGAUCAACAGCAAAGAAUUUGUGCUAUGAAUCAUUUGUGAAUUAUCAGCCAAAGAAGAAGGAACCACGAGAAGAGCCUAAGGAUGUCACAAAGGAAAAGUCCAAAACGAGUGUUGAGAAGAGAAAACCUCAUAAACAUCUCAAGAAGGAUUACAUGAAACAAACAUCCCUCAAGAGUUUCUUUGAGACUUCACAAAAUAACAAAGAAACCGAAGUAACAGAAAAUGAACAAGAAGAAGACAUGAGUGAAACCACUCCCCUUCAGGAUGAAAAUGAUAAAAUUGAGGAGAAAGUAGUACCUGCUUUGAGUGAAAUCCUCGAGAAGAUCAGUAAACCCAUUCGGCAAGAGGAAAAAGAGGAUAAGCCUGAAAUGCCUCAGAAGAGGCCCCUUGAGGAUGAUCCGGUUGAGGCAAAGCCCGAAAAGCGCCAUAAAUAUGAUCUCCCAAUUGAAAUAUCGCCCCAAACUCAGGAAUAUCUCGAUCAAGUGGAGAAGGUCGAGAGGAAAGUCGUUGUAGCGCCAAAGGAGGAAAAGCCGCCGCGGGAUGAGAAGCACGUGAAGGCACAGAAGAGCAAGUUGGCGGAACUUGUAGUGGGUUACCUGAUGCCAUACUAUCGAGAGAAGAGAUUUGACUCCAAAGAAAUCUUCAAGAAGCUCGCCAAGCAUCUUUCACACAAAUUUUACGAUACGCGAGCUGAUAAAUCGGUUAUCAAGCGAACAGUUGAGGAUAUUUUUAGCAAGGCAUCAUUUAUCAGGACCGAGAAAGAUUUUAUGUAGCUGGGUGAGUGUAUUUUUUGCACAGUUUUAUUUUGAAGAAGAUUAAAUUGCCUUUAUUUGUGUUUAA